AUGCCCCUGCGUGCAAGGCAUGAUGCAGAAGCUGGUGAACUGAGGAAGGAUAUUCCAGAAAUCAAUUUAGCUGCAGGCUUAGACCUCUUCCAAGGUGACAUCCUCCUUCCGGAAGUUCGGAAUGGGCUGAGAGAUCCAGCUACCCGGUGGAAGUUCCCCAUUCCUUACAUUUUGGCUGACAAUCUGGGACUGAAUGCCAAAGGAGUCAUUCUUCAUGCUUUUGAAAUGUUCCGUCUUAAAUCUUGUGUGGAUUUCAAACCAUAUGAAGGGGAAAGCACUUAUAUCAUAUUUCAACAAUUUGGUGGGUGUUGGUCUAUGGUUGGAGAUCAACGAACAGGGCAGAAUCUCUCCAUAGGCUUGGGAUGUGACUAUAAAGCCAUUGUAGAACAUGAGCUCUUACACGCUUUGGGAUUUUACCACGAACAGUCAAGAACAGACCGGGAUGACUACGUGAACAUCUGGUGGGAUGAAAUUCUUCCAGAUUCAGAACACAACUUUGUGACGUAUAAUGAUGUUUACAUCACUGAUCUCAACACUCCCUACGAUUAUGAAUCUGUGAUGCAUUAUGCUCCAUUUUCCUUUAACAAGAAUGAAAAUGUCCCCACUAUCACCACCAAGAUCCCCUACUUCAAUGACAUCAUUGGACAGCGCCUAGACUUCAGUGCCAUUGACUUGGAGAGACUCAAUCGCAUGUACAACUGCACAAGUACCCACACCCUUUUGGACCAAUGUACUUUUGAAAAGCCAAAUAUAUGUGGCAUGAUCCAAAGCACUAGAGAUGAUGCUGACUGGUUUCGUGGGAACAGUAAUCUUCUCGGCCAAGAUGAUCAUACCCUGACAGGACGUUGCAAAGAUGCGGGAUAUUUCAUGCACUUCAACACCAGUUCUGGAAAGGAAACAGAAACAGCUCUUCUAGAGUCUCGAAUCCUCUACCCCAAGAGGAGACAGCAGUGCCUCCAGUUCUUCUACAGGAUGACAGGAAGUGAUACAGACAGCCUCGUGAUCUGGGUGAGAAGAGAUGACAGCACAGGGAAUGUGCGGAAGCUCGUCAAAAUGGAAUCAUUUAAAGGAAAUUCUGAUCCAACUUGGAGGAUUGGUCAUGUGGCCUUAAGAGAGGAAGGGAAGUUCCGCUACCUUUUCCAAGGUACCAAAGGGAAUCCCCAGAACUCCACCGGAGGGAUUUUUAUCGAUGACAUCGCACUGACAGAAACCCCCUGCCCCAUGGGGGUGUUGACCAUCAGUAACUUCAGCCAUGUCCUUGAGGAGAACAAAGAGCCCAUGAUCAGGAGCCCCUGCUACUACAGCCCGGAAGGGUAUCGUUUUGGAGUGUCCGUAUUCCCCCAUGGCAGAAGCAACACCAGUUUGGGCUACCUCAGUCUGACCUUUCACCUGUGCAGCGGGGAGAAUGAUGGCAUUCUCGAGUGGCCAGCGGAGAAUAGGCAGGUCAUCAUUACCGUGGUUGACCAGGACUCGGAUGUCAAGAACAGGAUGUCGUUAAGCCUGACAUUCACCACCUCCAAAAACCAUAUUUCAGCCAUUAAUAAUGCCUCCAUCUGGGAUAGACCUUCUCUUGUGGGGAAAUUUGACUCUGACUGCAAAUGUUUCCGAAGUAUUGAUUUUGGCUGGACCAACUUCAUUUCCCAUCAGCAGCUGCAGCGACGGAGUUUCCUUAAAAAUGAUAACCUCAUCAUUUUCGUAGAGUUUGAAGAUUUAACCCACCUGAGCAAGACUGAAGUUCCUGUAGGGAACCAGAAUCCAAGCAUAGGCGGGCUCCUUCUUCAAAGACCAGAGGCUCCCAGGACCAUCCACAAGGAAAUUCCCAGAGAAGAUGUCUCACCCGGCAGGAGUGGGCUGGCUUCCAAGAGGCAGAAGCGAUCAGUGGAAAACACGGGCCCCAUGGAGGAUCACAACUGGCCUCAGUACUUCAGAGAUCCCUGUGACCCCAACCCUUGCCAAAAUGAGGGCAUCUGUGUGAACGUGAAAGGCAUGGCAAGCUGCAGGUGCACUUCUGGCCAUGCUUUCUUCUAUACCGGAGAGAGAUGCCAAGUCGUGCAGGUCCACGGCGGCGUCCUUGGGCUGAUGAUUGGUGGAGUUGCUGGGAGCAUCGUCAUGACCUUUGCCAUCAUCUCUUUCAGGUCCAGAGGGUAGAUAUUCUGACCAACCCCAGCGGGUAUGAGGCUGAAUUUCCCAUGAGGUUUCUCUGCCCCUAUCUCUCCUUGUCUACAGUUGGCAGUUCUUCCACCCUCAUUCAGGGAGUUCUUUGAUGUCACCGCACCUCUUAGUUGGCCGCUCGCCAUUUGGCUUGAGAACCUCUUGGUUCUUGGUAAAGGAAAGACACAGGAUAAAAACCCACCGGAUAUGUUAUUGGCCUUGUGUGAUGUGAAAAUCAUUUUUGAUAACAGACCAGGCCUGGAGUUCUCAUGUCUGUGGAUGAGGUUUGAAGUAAAGUUUGUUGUUUUUUUUAAAGAA